AUGAAAGGAAAGUCAUUCGCUCCGUUAAUGGGCAACUUACCGCAGCAGAGACUAGAACCUGGAGGUUACGCAUUUGAAAGUGCAGCAGGCGUGGACUAUGCCGGUCCCGUUUCCUGCGCUAGUCGUACUGGUCGCGGUUGUAGACUCAUCAAGUCGUACAUUGCUAUUUUUGUGUGCUUCACUACUAAGGCAGUUCAUUUAGAGUUGGUGGGUAACUUAACGAGCAAUAACUAUUUAUUAGCGUUACGGAGAUUUAUAUCGCGUAGAGGAAAGCCUAGAGACAUAUUUUCAGACAACGGUACCUCAUUCGUUGGCGCAUAUAAUGACCUAUCGAAAUUUCUCAAAGCCAAUUGUGAUUCCUUGGCCGCUGAUUCGGCACACGAUAACAUCAAUUUUCAUUUUAUUCCCGCGUACAGCCCUAAUUUCGGAGGUCUUUGGGAGGCAGGUGUUAAGUCAACUAAGCAUCAUUUAAAUAGAGUGCUGGGAAAUUGUAACCUAACCUUUGAGGAGCUCACCACAGCAUUGGUUCAGAUUGAGGCGAUCCUUAACUCUCGACCACUAACUCCUUUGUCAUCAGACCCAGAAGACUUAACGCCGCUCACGCCAGGUCAUUUCCUUAUCGGCCGGCCUCUCACUUCCCUGCCCGAAAGGAACUUUCAAGAACACCCUAUUACCAGGCUCACACGUUAUCAGAGGAUUGAACAGAUACGCCAGCAUUUUUGGACUCGAUGGUGUAAGGAAUACGUGGCCCAACUCCAGCAGCGUAUAAAAUGGCGAUCAUGUCAGUAUUCCCUGAAAAUUGGCACCCUAGUCCUUUUGAAGGAAGAAAACCUUCCACCCAUGAAGUGGAAAUUGGGACGCAUUGUCGAGGUAUAUCCUGGUACUGACCAGAUAACCAGAGUGGCUGAUAUUAAAACCAGAAAUGGCGUUGUUCGAAGAUCCUUUAGCAACAUUGUUCCAUUGCUGCCUGAAGAUGACGUCUCCAGUUGAAAGUCGAGCUUUCAACGCGUGGGGGCAUGUUAAGGAUUCAAAUCUUCGCGCCACCGCUCCAUAUCGUUAUGGCGUCUCAUCGGCGUCUACUCUCUGCAAUCUAUGCCACUAUUGCGCACACGCCAUUAUUGCAAUUUUUGUGAAAGUAUCUUUGAAUGCAUUUUUUACUAUUUAAAAUAAAGUACACGUUAUAAGUCGAA